AUGAUAUUAAGGAUACGUACACUCAAUCCUUUAUCCCUGAAAGGGUUUUACUGGACCGGCGCAGCAGUCACUUGGUAUUCUCAACCACCACACAUAGAAAUGGCGCGAGGUAAAAUCAUCAGAAACAUACCAAUAUACAGCCAAGUAGUUCCAAAAUCUCAAUACAGAGCGAAAAAUACGAAGGCGAGUCGAACCCAGAACGUCAGAAGUGACUUCGACCCCCUCAACUUUAACAACGGCGGGAAUUUUGCCUUGAGCACUCCUGUUGAAGGGAAGAUGGAAAAGAACGAAAAGAAAGAGCCCAGGAGAGUCAAAGAGGAGUCUUCAAGAGUUCGGAGGGUUCAGCGGAAUGAGGCUAGCGAAGGGAAGGUGGAGGCGUAUUUGAGGCAGUACCAGGUCAGCAUGAGGCAGCAACAGCAUCGGCACUCUGCUGUUCGACAGGCUGAACAUAGAGUUAACCUCAGAUCGCUACCAUUAAACGACAUUACCACAUCGCGCGGUCACGACAGAACACCUUCGGAUCGACAUCGGGGCUUUCCUGAAAGGGAUCGAGAAGGUUCUCGAGAGCAUCGGCGUGAAAGGGACAGAGAUAGAGAUCGAGAAAGAGAUAGGGACAGGGAGAGAGAUACCUUUGACUUUGAUGGUACACCACUUAGUCCAAUAGCGUCUCGUCUACAAGACAAAGAAACCCGCGGCGUCCGCAAGUCUACAUCAUCACAACGAGUGACAGAGACCAGCAUAUCCACUGACAAGAGGAGAUUCUUCUGUCGCGAGUGGGCUUUCCAGAAGAUAGCUCACUGCUUAGAGCAGAGGCCGGUUAGCAAGACUUGUGGCGCACUAAUAUUGGGUGAUGCGGGAAGCGGUAAGACGGCUCUGUGCCAGGAGCUUAGUGAUCCAGGCCAAGGUCCGCAGGCUCGACAACAACGCUCACUCAAUAGACGACUGCUGGCUCGACAUUUUCUGCAGAGUCAUACGGAAAGUAGUUUGCGUCCUGGUGAAUUCAUCCGAUCUCUCGCUAUGCAGAUACUGAGUCACUCCUCACGGAGGCCCAGAGCUGAUAAUUCAGAUCUGUCACCUCGUGACCCUGAAACUCCUCACAGUCACAGGCAUAAUAACUCUGAGGAAGAGCGUCUCAUAAGUCGGUUCCGGGAGCUCGGUGACGAUGGCGAAGAGAGCUCGAAACCCUUAUUGGCCGACAGUGAAGACCAGCGCACGGACGACGAGGAUGUCGCCUGCAAUAAUAAUCGAACCCGCACCAUACAUCGCAUACAUGAACGUGAAGACUAUCAGGAUAUGCACGCCGAUGCUCCACUCUCCAAUGCUGAUGAUGCACAGCUGCCAGAAAUCUUGCCAAGAUCUUCCACCAAACCAACAAAUCCAUUUACCUCCGAAGAUCAAAGAGAUGAUCACCGCCUCUACGAGAACCACGAAAAUCUCUUCUUAAGGAACAUCUCUCAACGCCAAUCCAAAGAGUUACGCAAUUCACGCUUACUGAGGCAGUCUUCUGAGCCACUUAGUGAGAAGAAAGCUAAUGUGCUGCAGAAGAGUUUGUCUACUGAACAGAAGAAUGAGAGUUCGGGUGAAGAGAAGAAAAUAGAAAAUAGUCCGCCUAAGUCACGGAUUCCUGUGGCUAAUUUCAGAUACCCCAACAAAAGCGACCUUCGCUCAGCGGAUUCUUCACCUCUCAAGAAAUCCGACCGUCCCCCCUCCCCUAAGCCAGAAGAUCCCGAAGAACCGCCCGAAUACCAAAACGUUAUCAAAGCCCCCGAGGAGCCUGAGCCGGUGGAGAAGGACGUGCCGCCUCCGAUUCCAAGUUUACCCAUCAGUCCGCGGACUUUGAUUGCGAACGCUUAUUACGAUAAGCUAUUGUCCGAACCACAAAUACAACAGGCUCUUCUCCCACAAAACCUGGAGAAGAAUCCGGAUGAAUGUUUCAAACAAGCCCUUCUGUUCCCACUGAUGGAAAUCGACCCUCCCAAACAGUGCCUGUUUCUCCUCGUAGACGCUAUUGACGAAGGAGUGCUGGGAGGCGUGUGCGAAGACCGCGAUGGCACCGAAGGUUCCACUAGCGUCGCUGGUCUUCUAUCGAGACAUCAGCACUUAUUUCCUCAGUGGUUGCUGCUGGUUUGCACGGCCAGGAGACACUGUAGAAACCUCACCAGAAUGUUCACAGGUUUUCGUAAAAUAACUCUGGACGAGCUGCAGCGCGCUCACGUGUCGGCCGACGUGCAACGCUACGUGCUGGCCAGGCUCGACACGGAACCUAGACUUAGAGCUCGGGUGUCGAGUGAUUCCACGGCUGCAGCAGCUGCGGCUGCUGCGUUAGAUCACUUGCGGAUCAAGAGCGAUGGCUGUCUGUUGUACCUUGAAAAGGUGUUAGAUGGCGUAGCAGAUGGUUUCAUAGCACUACGCGAGAUUCGCGAAAUCCCGGGGACGUUGAAUGGACUGUAUCUAUGGUUGGCACAGCGGUUGUUCCAUGGACGCAGGUUCACUAAGGUGCGUUUGUUGCUGGACGUGCUGUUAGCAGCUCGGUGUGGAGUGACAGAAGAAAUGCUGUAUAAAUGUCUGCUCACCAAAGAGUACAGUGUCACCAGAGAAGACUUUAACAGAAGACUUCAUCUGCUUAGAAGAAUCCUAGUGAUGGAGCGUUCAACCGGUUACCUGUCAAUCUUCCACCACUCGUUUGCCAAAUGGCUGGUGGAUGUGAAGCAUUGCACCCGACGGUACCUGUGCUGUCCUGCGGAGGGACACGCCGCACUUGCUAUGUACUACACUCUGGAUGCUAAGAGAUUGUCUGCGUUAGAGAUACAUAACUACGUAUUUCAUAUGACGAGUUUGGAGCAACAUUUGUCUUCGCAAAAGAAAACCAAAAACAGUGAACAAGGAGAUGAUUUAGAUCUCCACUCUCUCAUACUGCUGUGGGUGUUAGACUCUGGCUGCGAUGUUGAAUCCGCUCUGAGAAAGGAGAGUGACUCGCAUACACCAACUCAUUUACUAUUACAGCAUUUGUCGUUGUUACAGCAGCAAGAUGCGAAGAACGAAGAUAAAGAUGGCGUCGAUCCUGAUUCUGAUGGCAAAGAGUCUGUGUCAGUAGAUCCAACACCAUUGGAAGCCAUAAUGCCGGAACUGAUCUCCGGGGAAACGGCUGCCAGGUGGCCUCGAGACCGUCGCGUUCUAAGAGCUCUCUUAGAACUGAGCAGAACCGACUCCGUUCCAGCUGAGGAGACUCGCGAACAAAUAUUGCUAUCAUGUGAGCAGCAGCCUCUGGAAGUGGAAGAUAACCACGAAGCUACCGAGGAGCAAGAAGAAGAUGUACCCCCAGAUCCUAGCACAGUAUACGAGUUAGCCGCUAAAGGGGAUGAUGAGGCGCUGGCUGUUUUGUUAAAGCGCUACCCGGCCCUGGCAGAGGCCACGGACGCAGCCGGCGGCACAGCGCUGCACGCGGCGGCGCGGGGCGGGCGCGCUGCGUGCACGGCCGUGCUGCUGCGCGCCGGCGCUCGCGCUGACGCCGCCGACGCUGACGGCUGGAGCCCGCUGCGGGCUGCUGCGUGGGCCGGACACACUGAGGUUGUGGAAGUGCUCCUAGAAUUUGGUUGUGAUGUCGACUGCGUUGAUGCGGAUAACAGGACCGCCCUGAGAGCGGCAGCGUGGUCAGGUCACGAAGCAGUAGUGUCUCGUCUCCUAGCCGCUGGAGCAGACCCUGAUAAAGCAGACGCUGAAGGUCGAACGCCACUUAUAGCUGCUGCGUACAUGGGACACGCCGAGAUAGUCAGGGCGUUGCUGGACGCUGGAGCGAAGAUUGACCAUGCGGAUGAAGAUGGUCGCACGGCGCUGUCGGUGGCGUCGCUAUGCGCGUCCGGAUGCGCGUGCGCAGCGCUGCUGCUGGAGCGCGGCGCCGACGUGUCACGCGCGGACCGUGACGCUGCCACGCCGCUGCUCGUGGCCGCCUUUGAAGGACACACCGAGAUCUGCGAGCUGCUGCUGGAGGCGGAGGCGGACGUGGAGGCGCUGGACGGCGCGGGGCGCACGGCGCUGUGGGCGGCGGCGGCGGCCGGACACGCGCGCACUCUGCGCCUGCUGCUGUUCUGGGGCGCCUGCGUCGACAACAUGGACGCCGACGGGCGCACCGUGCUCAGCGUGGCGGCCGCGCAAGGAAACGUGGAGGUAGUACGGCAGUUGCUCGACAGAGGACUCGAUGAACAUCACAGGGAUAAUUCUGGCUGGACGCCGCUACAUUAUGCCGCUUUUGAAGGUCACAUAGAAGUAUGCGAAGCCUUAUUAGAAGCUGGAGCGAAAGUAGAUGAAGCGGACAACGAUGGGAAAGGACCUUUGAUGUUGGCAGCUCAGGAAGGCCACACCAGAUUGGUGGAACUCUUGCUGGACACAUGGGGAGCGCCGGUAGAUCAGCGGGCUCACGAUGGAAAGACCGCAUUCAGGUUGGCAGCCCUAGAGGGCCACGUGGAGACGGUGGCAGCCCUGCACUCUCGCGGCGCGGACGCGGACGCGCUGGACGCGGACCGGCGCAGCACGCUGUACGUGCUCGCGCUCGACAACCGGCUGGCCAUGGCGCGAUACCUCAUCACCCACUGCGCCGCCAGCGUCGACACCACCGACAACGAGGGUCGAACUCCGCUUCACGUGUCAGCGUGGCAGGGUCACACGGAUAUGGUUAAUUUAUUAAUCAAAGUUGGUGGCGCGGCGGUGGACGGGCGCGACCGCUGCCUGCGCACGGCGCUGCACGCGGCGGCGUGGCGCGGGCGCGCGCUCGUGCUGCGCGCGCUGCUGCGACACGGCGCGCACCCCGCCGCCGUCUGCACGCAGGGCGCCACGCCGCUGGGUAUCGCAGCCCAAGAAGGACAUGAAGAAUGCGUGUUGUGGCUGCUUCAACACGGAGCUGAUCCUCUCCAAGCAGACCAUUGUGGUCGUACCCCUGCGAAGGUGGCGUGGCGCGCGGGGCACGCUAACAUCUGCCGCCUGCUGGAGCGCUGGGCCGCUCCCUCCGCGCCCGCCGCGCCUGCUGCCGCCUCUGCACACCCUGCCCCCACGCCCGCCCCCGCCCCCGCUAUCGCUGCACUCGAUCUGCCACAUCAGACACCUCCUAAUGCCGGUUCACCUGAAUACAAACGACGAAGCGUCCACAGUUCGAACUCAACGAAAUCAUCGUCGAACAUGACGGGCGGGUCCGCGCGGUCCCACGAACCUCAGGAACCGACCGACAAUACUCACGAAAAGCCGUCUCGUGCCCACCUCUCGCUGUCAUUCGCUCAACAAGUAGCGAGAUGCGGGCGACGAAGGGAGCCUGAAUCUCAUAGAGAACCGCCUCAACACCACGCUCAAGAGAGGGAUUCCAAAUUAAGGAGUUACCUGGCCAACGAGCGCGACGCGGAGCUGUGCGCGUGGAGCGCGUGGCGCGGCGACGCCAGCCCGCUCUACGCCUCGCCGCCGCGCACGCCCAUCAGCGACAUCUGCAGCCCCACGCAGCCCGCGCUCCCCGCCCACACCGCCCACACCGCCCUCCCCCACGGUUCUCAACCACCAAGUCUGACAACAGUGCAGCCUGUGCUCACCGACACACACUUCAACAGAGACACACACAUGCGAAUAAUCUUAGGGAGGGAUAGCAAACCGCCACAGGAACGGUCUGACAGUGAGCUGUGGGGGGCGAUGGGUCGCGUUGUGUACAACAGGCUUGUGGGGAGUAUCGGCCGCGCCAGGGGCAGGAUAUUGAAGAAAACCAAAAACAAACGAAACGGCAUAGUGACCAACCCAGCGAUGCGACUGGUUGCCAAUGUCAGAAACGGACUGGAUAAUGCAGCUGCAAAUAUACGCCGUACGGGCGUAGCGUUAGCAGCCAGCGCCAGCUCUGCCAACCCUGCGGUGAAAACCAACGCUUUUCAGUGGAGGAAAGAAACUCCUCUAUAA